AUGGGAAGACAAAGAAUAGUUGAUAAGGAAUGGGAUAUCAAAUCUCAAAUACAUAGUGAAUUUAGGUCCAAAAUCGGAGAAAGUGUUUAUGGUGAUAGUAGUUUAGACCGAGAAAGUUAUAAUGAUACAAAUUUCACUGAAGAGAUCGGUGAAGAUGACUCAAGUGAGUUAAAAAGGCCUAAGGAGUCCAAAGGUCCCAGAAAGGUAGUAAAUCGUCCAGCUUCACAGCCGUACAUUAAACCAGUGAAUGGCGAGAAUCGACUUUGUUUCAAGUAUCCAACUAAAAUGUGCGAUGACCCUCAGAUAGAUAAGAGUUUUGAAGAGACUGAAUUCUCAAUCAAGUUUGAUAUCGAAAAUGUUGAUAUCGACAAGAUGACUGAAAAGUUCAAAAUGGAUAACAGUGUCUAUCCCAGGGCUAAUGUUGAUCCAGAGAAGUAUAUGGGUAAUCGCUGGGAGUACGAAACUGAAGUUAACAAACUAGCUUGGAAAUUAGCCGCUCUUAAUCCGGGCCUUCUUUACGGUAAGAAAGGUAUUGUGCAAAGAGCAGUCGAUUCCUAUCGUAAUUUACAUCGAUCGACUAGUUCACGACGAGUUGUACGGAUGAAGAAGAUGAGUGAAGGGACUUUGCGUAAACGUCAUAUUGAGAACUCACCGACUACAGCUACAGUGACCUGGACGCAAAAAGGAGUAGCUAAGAAGUGCAAAGUUCGAGUGGAUAUUGAAACGAUUGAUUAUGAUAAGAUUGACGCGGAGUUUAAACUUAAGUAUUCGGUCUUUAGUAGUGAUUUUGAUGAGCAAUCUUUCGGAUUAGGCCGUUGGGAGAACAUGAAUGAAGAUAACUUACUGGCGGUUAAGAUAGCAUUCUUAAACGUAGAGAAUACUUCAUUCUGGAAUGCCGUUAAGGGUACUGAUAAGGUAACAAUGUUGCGUAAGGCUGUGGAAGCUUAUAAGGCUAAGAAAGCUUAUGAGGAAACGAGUCUAAUGGGUGGAAGUGGCGAGUCAAUGGGCGGGACCGAGUUACCGCAAGAUCUUUACUUUAUUGAUCCAGCGGAGAUGUCUUAUCGGGAGAAGUCCUUUUACUACUACUUAUAA